AUAAUUAAUUCGUCUGCCAUGGUUUAUACACGCUCUUAAGCUCAAAAGGCUUCUAAAAAUGCCCAAAAUCCCGGUCCUUACCAUGAUACUCCAAAAAAGUCCCGUGUUCGCGGCGAAAUCGAGCAUGAACGAGUGCGACGGAGACUAUAUGGUUUCGAGACGACGCGCUCGAACAAUUCAAUAUUCCACCGUAACGGUAUACCUAAAUCCUCCGGUUAUCGAAUUAUAAAGUCUUCUCGAGGAAACCGACGAACUUGUGAAAAAGAAACACGCGGUCGGAAGCCAAUCAUCAGCCCUACGCAGCUCGCAAUGCUCGAUCAGUUGGUAGAAGAGAUGGACUCUCAAGACAGAGAAAUGACGUGGGAAACCCUCGCUAUAGAGGCUGAUAUUGAUUGCUCAGGACGUACGAUACAAAGAGCAAUGCAAUCGCUUGAUUACCAUAAAUGCAAGACUUUGAUUAUCCGGAAACGAGGCCAACGGUAUUAUCCAAAAUGCAUUCAACGCGUCGAUGAUCCCGAUGAGGAAGAUAAGAAGAAAGUCCACGCUUGGGCAGCCGUCGGAUACAAUUUCAAAGGGCCACUCGUAUUCUACGAGAUCCCGAGUAAUAUAAACGGGAAGAUGACGCAGGAAUGCUAUCUUAACGAUAUCCUAAAGCCUGUCGUUGGCGGAUGGCUCGUAAAUGGAGACUAUUUCGUGCUUAAGGAGGAUCAGGAUAGCGGUCACGUACUACCAAGAUCUACGAAGACAAAGCCUUCCGCCGUCUCGAGGUGGAAAACGGAAGUAGGACUUUAUUGUUUCUUUAAUUGCGCAGGAUCUCCGGAGCUCUCGAUUAUCGAGGACUGUUGGCAACCGAUCAAAAGAUAUGUAAGGAAAUAUAGGCAUUGGGAACCCGAGGAAACGGUACAAUUAGUAAAAGAGGCAUGGUACGAGCGUCUUAAUCAGGAAUGGAUUAAUAAACGGGUGCUUUCUAUACCUGAUCGGCUAUGUAAAGUCAUCGAGUCUGAUGGGCAGCUUAUUGGUUAUAGCGGUGGAAUGCCGGGCUAA